AUGUCUGAGUAUAUUACCAUAAGUUCUCGUCCCUCAAAAUCACCGACUGUACACGAUGGUCCUGAUUAUUAUAACGGCUAUGAAAAAAGAGGUAGAUGUGUAAUUUUCGCUCACAAGACUUUUGAUAAUCCUCGUAUAAGUGAACGAACAGGACAGGAACCGAGGAAGAUAGACUUUAAGAAAGAUCAAAUCGAAACCACUCUAAUCAAGCUGUCUCGUCGCAAACAUAAAAAUACUGAUUGUUUGGUUUUGUGCAUUUCCACGCACGGAAAUCCGGAACAAUUACAUGCUAAAGAUGGGCCUUAUGAUUCUAAAUUAUUCUUUGAAUAUCUCAACGCGAAAAGUUAUCCAUCAUUGGCAGGGAAGCCAAAAUUGCUCUUUAUUCAGGCAUGUCGCGGGAAACAAAAAGACGAGGGUUUUGAGAUCGAUCUAUGCUAUUUCGAUAAAGCUGCUAAAGAAGAGGCAGGAAAUGUGGUUGACGAUGAUUUGACUUAUUAAGACAUCUCGUAGUAUUGUAGUUUUGGAGAUAUUAGCCCUCGAAGAUCAAAGGCCACUCUCUCAUUCCGGUAAAACUGUUGAUCAAAUGGAAAAAGUGCUUGAUUCACUACGUUAACCCAUACUAGAAUAGACUCAGAUUAAGUUUCAGAUCAUUCUCUC